AUGGGACGUGCCGGAGUCAUGGAUGACGGUGCUGUCCUGAUGACUGUGCUUGUCCUGCUGCUGGCCGCUGUGGCUGUCUGGUGGGCUGUUGGCCACUGGCAACCACGGAGGCAGCAGACAUGGAAAGCGAAGAAGACCAAGCGCCGCUGGGUCCGGCCUAGAGGCUCACGGAGGAACCGAGGAGCCCCUGUGGCUCCGAGAUACUCCAGGCCCCUGGCGGCCCCUGGCAAGUGGCCACGUGCUCCCGCGAUCCCUCUGGACAGCUCCUGCAGCUGGGGCUCCUGCAUGGCAGUGGCCCAGGAGCUGCAGGAACUGAUGCUGCUGCUCUGGGAUCGCAAUGGGACAUGUGCGCCGCUUUACCCUGGGAUGUGGCAGGCACUCUGGAAAGAACUGGAAGAGCUGGUGAACCGAGGCCACCUGGCCUGCUGUGGCUCGUCUGGUUCCUCCAGAAGCCUCCAUCACCCCAGGAGGCUGCUCCCAGCAAAAUUCUCCACCACCCCUGGGAAAGCCUCAACCCCUGCAAGGAUGGCACAGCAGCAGAGACCCACCAUCCAUGCAGGAACCUCAGGCUGUCAGAGAGCCUCCAUUCUGUCAGGAGCCUCUGCUAUCUCUGACAGCCUCCAUCCCUCGCAGAGGCUCAGGGAGACCUGUCAGCCUGCAGAAGGUGCAGAGCCCAUGCACAGUUCUCCCAGCUCCCUUGGACUCCCAGACUUCAACAGUAAGGGUACAAGCCUGACCAUUGACGUGGCCAGGGAAAGCCCAGAAGUCCAAGUGGGAGCCCAGCCCAAUCCAGGGGAGCCUUCUCAGGAGCAGCUGGCGGAGCAGCAAGCAUCCUGGCAGCAGCAGUUGUCAUCCCACAGCUCCCAGAACUCUGGGCAAGUUGUGCCAGCUGCCAACAGCCCAAGCCUGGUGGUGGAGACAACCCUCAAGACACCAAGGAGGUUCCUCCAUCUCCAGGAAGCUGCCCCAAGAAAGGCCUUGACUACCACAAAGGCCUUUCUAAGAGCAGGACGGUGCCAUCCAGCCACACUGCACUCCGGCUCCUGCAGCCUCUGCGUGCUCUGCUGUCCCAGCUCUGCUGCUCAACAGCCCGACGGCUGCAAGGCGCUGGCCACUGCUCGGCAGGCAGCAGGAAGCAGGUCAGAGCAACAUGACCCACACUGGCCCGGCCCGCUGCACUCGCGGGCAUUUGGGGAGGUUCCUGGGCACAAGGCUGAUGGCUCGGUCUUGGUCGCAGAGCAAAAGAAGAAGCUGCAGGAGCUGUACCAGCUGGGUCCGCAGCUGGGGAGUGGUGGCUUCGGCACCGUUUUCUCAGGCAUCCGCCUCUCGGAUGGGAGCCCCGUGGCUAUCAAACGCGUGGCUCGGGACAGCGUCCUGCAGUGGGACAAGCUGCCCGAUGGCACCCGUGUUCCUGUGGAGAUCGUGAUCUUGGAGAAGGUGGGCUCUGGCUGCCACAACAUCAUCCAGCUCCUGGACUGGUUUGAGCUGCCUGACAGCUUUCUGCUGGUGAUGGAGCGUCCAGAGCCAUCGCAGGAUCUCCUGCACUUCCUGCUGGAGCAGGGGUUCCUGUGUGAGGAGGUGGCACGCUGGCUUUUCUGCCAGGUGCUGGAGGCCGUGCGGCACUGCACUGCCUGCGGCGUCCUGCACCGAGACAUCAAGCCGGAGAACCUCCUCGUGGACCUGGAGAGCGGCCACCUGAAGCUCAUUGACUUUGGUUGCAGCACCUUUCUCCAGGAGCGGGCCUUCACGCAAUUUGCCGGAACACGCGCGUACAGGCCACCCGAGUGGAUCUACCUUGGCUGCUACCAUGGCCAUUCAGCGACCAUCUGGUCCCUGGGCGUGCUGCUGUAUGUCAUGGUCUGUGGAAACCACCCCUUCCAGGAGGACCGUGACAUCAUGUUCGGGCAGCCCUUCUUCAGGCAGCAGGUCUCUCCAGAGUGCCAACAUCUGAUCCGCUGGUGUUUGUCCAAGCACCCUGCGGACAGGCCAGAGCUGGAGGAGAUCUUGCGCCACCCUUGGGUGCGGGGCAGGCGUUUCUGAUGCCUUGCUGGAGCCUCUGCAGCACCCACUUACUGAAUCCCAUGCAGGACUGAGGACCCAAAAAAUAAAACCAUACACCCAUUCUAGGCUGUCAAGUCUGGUCCUUGUUAGCAACUUCAGCUCAAGAGACCUCUUGGGAAAAGGGGUAAUCAAAGGCACUCCCUUCAGCCUUUGUCAAGCUUUUGAUGCCUUUCCUCCAGGAUGGUACUUUUGUGUCUUCAAGCACAGGCUGUAGUACAGCUAGGAGGGUGUUUAACAAGCCAAGAACUGCAACAGUGAAACAACAGCUGCCCUUUCAGACUGUCAAGCUUCUUGGUGUCUCCUGAAAUGAAACCAGGGCUGUGUGUGCAUUCCAAGGGCCAGCGGGUGGCAGGAGCAGAGAUGUUCCUCUGCUACCAAAGCUGUGCUUCUGUAAGCACCAAAACUUCA